AUAUACAAAUAUGAUAAAAAUGAUAGAAAUUUAAACACUUUUGAAAAUCACAAUGCUGACAAUAUUAGUAGGAAUAUAAAUUUUAUCGAUGAUCCAAAUGAUGGAUGCAGUGAAGCGGCUUCAGAAGAGAGUAACAACACUGGUGAUGACAGGAAAAAGCGUCCUCGAACAGCAUUUUCAGCAUCUCAAAUAAAAGCGUUAGAAUCUGAAUUUGAAAGAGGAAAAUACCUUUCAGUUGCAAAACGAACAGCUUUAGCGAAACAAUUACAUUUAACUGAAACUCAGAUUAAAAUUUGGUUCCAAAACCGACGUACAAAAUGGAAACGUAAGUACACAGCUGAUGUAGAAACUUUAGCAUCACAUUACUACGCCCAAUUAGGAAUUGGAGGCUUAGCAAGACCAAUGGUUGUUGGAGAUCGAUUAUGGUUAUUUAGUCAAACACCAUCUGGUCCAGCACCAAUUCAAUCAAUAAUGUUGAAUAGCUCAUCUAAUAUGCCACCGAUACGAACAUAUCCGACAGUACCCACAUCUCAUCAUUUAGCAAAUAGUUACUCAAGCGUUAUAGAAAAUGCUCGAAAUUCAUUAUUAUCACGUGGUCAAUCUUUAAAUUUUGGAAUUCCACUUUCACAAACAGCACCGCUUCCAAGUUCAUCGUCGUCCGCAACACCAUUUGUUGGAUCACUUAAUAAUCCAAAAGGUCCAACAUCUCUCACAAAUUCAUCAUAUAUUCAGCAGUUAUCUCCAAUUGUCAACAAGAUACCAUCAGGUGUUCUGCCUAAUAUUGAUAGUAAUUUUAAUUUUUCAAAAAUCAAUCCGUAUAACUACAGAAAUAAUUUUGAAAGCGAGGAAAACGAAGCAUAUUUACGAAUGAAAUAUGGGGCAACAAAUAACUUUUCUAGUUCAUCAAGUGACACAGAAAAAUCUAAUGGCUUAGCUGAACUAGAAAGGGUUUUUGGAGACUCUAGCGCUAAUUUUCUAGAACAUCAUUUAGGAAAAAAAGCAAACAAUGAGCGUUCAUCACCAUCUAGUGCAGACUUUAAAAAUAAUGAGCUUGAGUCAGACAGUGAUGUUGAUUGCGAACAAAUUGAUGAAGACGAACUAUAAUUAAUUGAGAUUAACAAAAAAUCAUUUCUAUAGAUAAAUAAUUAUUUUUACAUUUUUACAAAUAUAUAAAUAUGUAAAUUUG